UUUUGGGCAGUUAUUUAUAAUGUUCUAUGAUGAUGUACCUUAAUGUGUUUUUAAGUGAUUCUUAUACUUACCACUGUUUUUUUUCUGUCUUAUCUUCAGAAACACGGCAAGGGAUAUUUGAUGCAGUGUUAAAAGGACAUAUUGACUUCGAUUCAGACCCAUGGCCCUUGAUAUCUGAUAGUGCAAAGGACUUAAUCCGAAAGAUGUUAUGCUCUCGACCUUCAGAGCGACUGACUGCUCACGAAGUAUUAUGUCAUCCUUGGAUUUGUGAAAAUGGGGUUGCUCCUGAUAGGGCACUGGAUCCAGCUGUACUUUCUCGCCUCAAACAAUUCUCAGCAAUGAAUAAGCUAAAGAAGAUGGCUUUACGGGUGAUAGCUGAAAGUCUUUCCGAGGAGGAGACUGGUUUGAGAGAAAUGAUUACAUCUAUGGAUACUGAUAACAGUGGUGCGAUCACAUUUGAUGAACUCAAAGCUGGUUUACGAAGAUAUGGCUCUACCUUGAAAGAUACAGAGAUAAGGGACCCUAUGGAUGCAGCUGAUGUUGACAAUAGUGGGACUAUUGAUUAUGGAGAAUUUAUAGCUGCAACAGUUCACCUUAACAAACUAGAGCGUGAGGAGCAUCUCGUUGCAGCAUUCCGAUACUUCGAUAAGGAUGGAAAUGGCUAUAUUACCGUCGAUGAGCUUCAGCAAGCUUGUACUGAGCAUAACAUGACAGAUGUUCUGCUUGAGGAUAUAAUUAGAGAAGUUGAUCAAGAUAAUGAUGGAAGAAAUGAUUACGGUGAAAUUGUGGCGAUGAUGCAAAAAGGCGAUGCAGGAAUUGGUGGACGAACCAUGCGAAACAGUGUUAAUAUAAGCAUGAGAGAUGACCCCAGUGCUCUAUAA